AUGCUGUCAUGUCAAGCUCAAUUUUCAUUUAAACCAGCAAAGUGCGUCGUCACUGAUAAGUAUUUCCGCGUCAUUUUGCCCUUACUGGAGUCUUUAAAGUAUACAUUAUCCUGUAAUGUUCAUUAUCUAUCUAUCUAUCUAUCUAUCUAUCUAUCUAUCUAUCUCUUACUGUCUUACAAAUCUAUUUUGACUUGUCCUUUUCAGAUAUGUCGUGUUAUUUUCAUAUCUAUCUAUCUAUCUAUCUAUCUAUCUUACAAAUCUAUUUUGACUUGUCCUUUUCAGAUAUGUCCUGUUAUCUAUCUAUCUAUCUAUCUAUCUAUCUAUCUAUCUAUCUAUCUAUCUUAUAAUCAAAUUCACCCACUUUUCUUUCACCCCACCUUUCUUUUUUUGUCUGAAGCGAUUUCCUUUAUUUUCUUAUUCUAUUCUUCCUUCCUUCCUUCCUUCCUUCCUUCCUUCCUUCCUUCCUUCCUUCCUUCCUUCCUUUUCCUGCCUUCUUUCCUACCUGCUUUCCUUCCUUCGUUCCUUCCUUCGUUCGUUCCUUCCUUCUCUUUCUUCCUCCCUUCCUUCGUGCUUUUCUUGCUUCCCUCCUUCGUUCCUUCCUUCCUUCUUUGCUACCUUCCUUCCUUCCUUUCCGUCCUUGCUUCCUUCCUUCUUGCCUUCCUUUCCUUCCUUGCUUCCCUUCCUUCCUUCCUUGCUUCCUUCUUGCCUUCCUUCCUUGCUACCUUCCUUCCUUCCUGCUUUCCUUCCUUCCUUGCUUCCCUUCCUUCCUUCCUUCCUUCCUUCCUUCAUUCCUUUCCUUCCUUUCCUUCCUUCGUUCCUUCGUUCGUUCCUUCCUUCGUUCCUUCCUUCCUUCUCUUUCUUCCUUCCUUCCUUCGUGCUUUCCUUGCUUCCCUUCCUUCGUUCCUUCCUUCCUUCUUUGCUACCUUCCUACCUUCCUUCCUUUCCGUCCUUGCUUCCUUCCUUCUUGCCUUCCUUUCCUUCCUUGCUUCCCUUCCUUCCUUCCUUGCUUCCUUCCUGCCUUCCUUCCUUACUACCUUCCUUCCUUCCUGCUUUCCUUCCUUCCUGCCUUCCUUUCUUGCUUCCCUUCCUUCCUUCCUGCCGGCCUUCUUUCCUUCCUUUCCUUUCCUUUCCUUUCCUUUCCUUUCCUUUCCUUUCCUUUCCUUUCCUUUCCUUCCUUCCUUCCUUCCUUCCAUUCGCCGCCAUUAUUUUACUUACUUUCCUUCCUUCCUUCCUUCCUUCCUUCCUUCCUUCCUUCCUUCCUUCCUUCCUUCCUUCCUUCCUCUAAAAUUUUCGGCGGUUUUUCCAUUUUUCCAUUCAAUUACUCACUAUUAUUUUGAUCUAUCUAUCUAUCUAUCUAUCUAUCUAUCUAUCUAUCUAUCUAUCUAUCUAUCUAUCUAUGUCAGUCUCUUCAUUAUCUAUCUAUCUAUCUAUCUAUCUAUCUAUCUAUCUAUCUAUCUAUCUAUCUAUCUAUCUAUGUCAGUCUCUUCAUUAUCUAUCUAUCUAUCUAUCUAUCUACCUAUCUAUCUAUCUAUCUAUCUAUCUAUCUAUCUAUCUAUCUAUCUAUCUAUCUAUGUCAGUCUCUUCAUUAUCUAUCUAUCUAUCUAUCUAUCUAUCUAUCUAUCUAUCUAUCUCAGUCUCUUCAUUAUCUAUCUAUCUAUCUAUCUAUCUAUCUAUCUAUCUAUCUAUCUAUCUAUCUAUGUCCGUCUCUUCAUUAUCUAUCUAUCUAUCUAUCUAUCUAUCUAUCUAUCUAUCUAUCUAUCUAUCUAUCUAUCUAUGUCAGUCUCUUCAUUAUCUAUCUAUCUAUCUAUCUAUCUAUCUAUCUAUCUAUCUAUCUAUCUAUCUAUCUAUCUAUGUCAUCUAUCUUCAUUAUCUAUCUAUCUAUCUAUCUAUCUAUCUAUCUAA